AGGAGCCGACCGCGCCGCCGCCGGAGCCGCGCCUGCCCCGGCCGAGGGAGGGAGGAGGCAGAGAGGGAGGAGGCAGGCAGGGAGGGCGCUGCGUCCUGCUUAGCGUCCGUGGCUCGGGACUGGCUGUGCCCCGCGCGGUCUUCGCCGCGAUGAAGCGCCCUUGCGAGGAGACGACCUCUGAGAGCGACAUGGACGAGACCAUCGACGUGGGGAGCGAGAACAAUUACUCGGGGCAAAGUACUAGCUCUGUGAUUAGAUCGAAUUCUCCAACGACAACAUCUCAGAUUAUGGCAAGAAAGAAAAGGAGAGGGAUAAUAGAGAAAAGGCGUCGAGAUCGGAUAAAUAACAGUUUAUCAGAGUUGAGACGACUGGUGCCAACCGCUUUUGAAAAACAAGGCUCUGCAAAGUUAGAAAAAGCCGAAAUAUUGCAGAUGACAGUGGAUCAUUUAAAGAUGCUCCAGGCAACCGGGGGUAAAGGUUACUUUGACGCACAUGCUCUUGCUAUGGACUUCAUGAGCAUUGGAUUCCGAGAGUGCUUAACAGAAGUGGCAAGGUACCUGAGCUCCGUGGAAGGCCUGGACUCCUCCGAUCCGCUGCGGGCGCGCCUGGUCUCUCAUCUCAGCACGUGCGCCUCGCAGCGGGAGGCGGUGGCGAUGACCUCCUCUCUGGCCCACCACCACCACCCGCUGCAUCCGCACCACUGGGCGGCGGCCUUCCACCAUCUCCCCGCAGCCCUGCUCCAACCCAACGGACUCCACGCGUCGGAGUCCACGCCUUGUCGCCUCUCCAACACGACAGAAGUGCCUCCUGCCCACGGCUCCGCCCUCCUCACGGCCACGUUUGCCCACGCAGAUUCCGCCCUUCGGAUGCCGUCGACGGGCAGUGUCGCCCCCUGCGUGCCACCUCUCUCCACUUCUCUCUUGUCCCUCUCAGCCACUGUCCACGCGGCCGCCGCAGCAGCCACGGCCGCUGCGCACAGCUUCCCGCUGUCCUUCGCUGGGGCCUUCCCCAUGCUCCCCCCAAACGCGGCUGCGGCAGUGGCAGCGGCCACGGCCAUCAGUCCGCCCUUGUCGGUAUCAGCCACGUCCAGCCCUCAGCAGACAAGCAGCGGAACAAACAGUAAACCUUACCGACCCUGGGGGACAGAAGUGGGAGCUUUUUAAGUUUUCACUGAACUUCUUGCAGUAGUCACUGAAUGUCCUUCAUUUCAGAGUCAGCUUAAAAUCUCUGCACCCUGAAAGCAGCCAUACAGAUGUCUGCAGAUCCACAAAGGAACGAGAACGCUAUUUGAGACACAAACCUCACACGUAGAAAUGUGAAGUUUCCUGGAAAAUAUAUGGACCGUACCAUCCCGCCAAGCAUCAGGAUGUUUGAAUUGGGGAAGAAAAAGCCGUGACUGAAUUCUCUUGAAACUAGAUGGAAAAAAAUAUUCGUGUGUCAUAAGUGCCUGAGCUAAUCAAGUUUUCUUUUGAGCGUACAACAUUGCACAAGUAAAGAAGAGCAAAGAGGUCAGGUUAAGAAAGGAGAAGCAUGGAAGUCUUGCAUUAGGCUGCAGACAUUUUCACACAGUACCAGAGAAGAGCGCUCUUUUGAAACCAACAGGUUUUUAUUGGCCAAAAGGAUAAAUAAUUUUCAAGUUCAAGUUUUAUCUUAGUUUGCUUUCUUUGUACAGACUUGCCAAGUGGUGACGUUCAGCAGUGCAUUAGUAUAAGCAAUUAUUACAUCAGUGCUCAGAUUAACAAGCAUUUCUGCCCUGCCUGCAAACCCCUAGGGCUCAAAAUAUUUUUUUUUCAUGGCUCAAAAUAUGGUGCUUCUUUAUAUAAACCGUAGCUACGUUUUAUAAAGUGCACCUAGGAGCAGUUGCCUGCUGUGUGCCCACCAGAGGCUAUUUGAUUCAUACCAACUUGAAAACUCUCCAGUUUGUAAAAGUGUAGAUUAAUUUAUUCAGCUUCAUUUGGAUAAUUUUGACGUAUUUAUCCUCUUCACUUCAUCCCGGUAACAUGUCAGAUCUAUUUUUGUCACCUUGUGGGGAGAAGCUGCAUUUCUGGAGGUGAUGAGAGAAGGAAGGAGAGAGCAUUGGGAAGAGAAAAGCCACAAUUUUUAAGUGUUCUUUGUCAAGCCUGUGAUUGUGUUUGAUCCCAAAUCAAGAUGAAUGUAUGCAAUGGGAUGUACAUGAAUUAUUUUGGUCCAUGCCUAGACUAGUGCUACGUAAUGGUGUUUUGGUUUUAUUGUUUUUAUUUUGUUUAAUGACAAAAUAAUCUCUUAAUACUUUGAAAUUGAGCACGUGAGAUUUUACGUUUGAAAGAUAAAGACACAGCAUGUAUUAUUAUGCACUUCAUUUCUCUGCUGUGUGGAGAAAGCAAUAAACAUUAUGAGAAUGUUAAACAUUAUGCAAAAUUAUACUUUUAAAUAUUUGUUUUAAAAUUACUGUACCUAGUCUUUUUUUUUUUUUUUGCAUUACUUUGUAACCUUUUUCUAUGCAAAAGUCUAUAUAUCACUAAUUAAAUGAAGUCCUUUUUGACUAUUUUUAUGUGGAUGAGUUGCUUUGCAGAAUGGAAAGUUGACAUGAACUUUAAGCAAGGCCUUCCUUCAGUAACAAACUAAGCCAUGGCUUUUCUUUUUCAAAGUCAUUCAAUAUAGUUCACAGCUUACCUGAAAAUAGCAUUUAUCAUUUAUCUGAGCUUGUAAAUCAAUUAAGCAUAGGUGAGUAUGACAUUAUUUGGAGGCAGGAAGUGGUCAGUUUCCUCUGCCUUUUAUUCUUAACCAUGGUUCUUGGAAAAAUGCAAAUACCAGAACUCCAAAUAACAGUGUACCGAACACAGGGUAUUAAGCUAAAAUGCAUCCUACAUUUUAUAACUCAGAAAUAUUUGUAGAGGGUUUUAAAACAUAACAUGCAUACCUGCUAGGUAAAUAUAUGCCUCCUGAUGAGGAAUCCUCUGUACCUACUUCAAGAUUUCUUUUGAUACAGUAGAAAUUAUGCAGAUAAUCCCUCUUUCUUCAAUGAAGCCUAAAAUAGAGUAUUUCAGAAUUCCUGAAGCUAUUGGGUCAAACAUAUAAGAAAAAUAAAGCAAUGUUUUUAUUAUGCUUAUCAGAGUUAAAGGAAAAAGUGAGAGGCCUUUCAUAUUAUUUUAGUUUUGAAAAAUCAAGCAUAUAGUUUAGCUGAUUUUUUCUUUCUGUAUAAGUGGGUUAAAAAAUGGGCAAAAGCAGAUCCUUUUCCCUCCUGUCUGUAAGCUCUGUGGUUAUUGUAUCUUCAGUUAGCUGUGAUGGGAUUAGGUAACAAAUAAGGAAACGGAUUUAGUGGUAUCUGGAGUAUGCUCCUUAAUCAUAGUUUGCGGACAGCAGGCAUAGAAAUAAUUUUUAUUUAGGAUCUAAUAGGUGAUUCUGUGCCUAUUGUCAGCAUUCAAAGAACUUUUUUUUAGAAUGUAACUGUUUGGCAGUCAGGAUUUUCUUUUAAGUUUGGAUUAAAUAAUUUAAGAUAAAAAUCCCCUUUCCUUUCCCCCCUUUCUCUUCCUUUUUUAUACUCUUACAUUUUUUUUUCUUUCUAAUUACAUAUGGGUUAUUGUUUUUCAAUUUAAUUGAUUAAAAUAUUUGCCAACCAACUUGCUACAUUGUUGCUAAGGGUUGUCAGUGUGCUUAAGGAUAAUCAUUGUCAGUAGUUUCGUUUGUUUAAAGUCAAUUGGUUCUAGAUCAGUGUUUCACAUCAUCAGUUUUUAACAUCAUAUUUCAUUGGAUUAACUUUACCAUUGAGUUUUCCGUCUUUGAUCCAAUGUUUUGCGAAAGUGGUAUUCUACCUUCAGGUGUGGGAAUUUUCAUGUUUGCUACCAAAACAGAAAAAAAAAAGUGUUUUUAUUGCUCAAGGGGAAAAUAACUUUUAGGGUUUGAUUUAUUUAUGGCUUUUGCUUGUAUAAAAGUUAAUCCCAAAAUUAACUCAAAGGAUUUUGAGUGGGAGAAAAGGGGGAAAAGAAAGGAAAAGGGAUAUUUUUAGAAAUCUGGUUUUCCCUAAAUGAUAAAGGCUGUAUGUAUUCUUAAUCAGAACACAGUUUGUGUUUCAUAUCAGUGAGCCAGAAGUAGUAUUGAAUACCUAUCAUGUGCUGUGUAUAUCAGCUUUCUGCUGUUGUGUAGGACCAUCUGAAUGUGUGGUCCUGCGCCCGGGCACUGAUGGGCAUGGCUGCCACCCAGGGACCCUCAAAAGAAAGAGGUGCCCUGAGACUAUGAGGAAAGGCGUUUCACAGAACUCCUUAGGGAGGCUUUUUCUCUCCUUGAGAUCUUUUGCAAUUACAAAUAUAAUGUUUCCUAUCAUAUUUGGAGAACUCUGAGGGACUUUUAAAGUAAAGCUGAAACAUAAAAAGUCCAAAUAUCAGUUAGAAUGAUGGCUCUAAGAUCCACAUGUACAUGUGUAUCAUUAAUCUUAAUAAAGCCUUUUAAAUUAUUUUCAUCAUGUAUUCAACUUGUCCCUUUCGCCAAUAAUUAAGUUAACACAAAAUGACAGUAAUCACCUUAGGUAACAUCAUCACAAAGCAAGAUAAUUUUAGAAUUUCAUAUUUACUUAAGUCUAAGACCCCAUCAGUUGCAAGAUAUAUUAUUGGUUUAAGUUCAGUUUUUAAGGAAAAGUACCACCACAACAUAACUUUACACAUCCCAAUUUCCUAAGUGUAAAAAAAAAUUUAAUGGCAUCUUGGAGUUGAGGCAAUAUUGUAAUGUUGCACUUGAAUGUAAUUUUAUAAAUCCUUGGCUAGAGAUGUUCAAAGAUUAAAAUAUGGGUGAUUUAGCUUAAUUUAAAAAAUAUCCCAUCAGCAUAGGG